AUGAAAGAGUUGGGACUUUCAUGGAAAAAUCGCAGACCCGUGAAGCUGUACUCGGGCCUCCGAAUGCCUCAGUUCGAAGUGGAGCAAGUAACAGCCAGCGUUUGUCAAGAAAGUUUUCAAAUAGGGAAUUACAGCUGCAUCAAAGCAGAGUAUAUGCUGAGAAGGGCAGUUGGUUUCCAUUUGGUUCAAAGCUACUUGCCGACCAUGUUGAUAGUUGUUAUUUCCUGGGUUUCCUUCUGGAUGGAUGUGGACUCUGUGCCAGGGAGAACCACUUUGGGUGUCACAACCCUUCUCACGAUGUCCACAAAGGCUUCAGGAGUGCAAAUGGAGAUUCCUCAGGUGUCAUACGUGAAGGCCAUCGACGUGUGGAUGGGUGCUUGCACCGCCUUCAUCUUCGCUGCUCUGCUGGAAUUCACGCUGGUCAACUACUUUUACCGCAAGGACCUGCUCAUGAUCCAAAAGGAAAUGGCACACAGUUGUUCCGGGAUGGAAGUCAAGACCACCAGCAGCAGCAGCAGGCGGGAUGACACCAAAGCUGCUGCUGUGGGCGAGGAGGACAUUCAGCUCGCAGCUGCAGUGCUGGGGACUUCUGAUCCAACGUGGGACGAGUCCGCCGAGGACAACAACGGGUACUUGAUGACAAUGGGUGAGUCAUCAGUCAGGGAUGUGGAGAAAGAAGACAUAGUCAAGUCCUGCAAGGAAGUCCUGAAAGCAGUGGCGCAGGCCGUGGUCAUCGGAACAGCGCUCUAUGUCUUCGCAGCCAUUGCUCUGCCGGGCGUGUGCUCCUGGAUCGCCGCAACGUUUCUGCAAGAUGUCGGCGCCCUCCCGAGACGAGACGCAGCAGGGAACGCGACUUUCGUCGUGCGGGUGACGGAAGCGGUGCCAACUGCGAUUGAUGACGCCGCGUCGGGGCUAUUGACGCAAUUGGAGACGGAUUACGCACUGGGCUUGGCAACGUUGCACCAGGCUGGGUACUUUGACCGGUUGCCCGGGAACUGGAGUCGCGAGGUGGACGAGUUCUUCGGGGGCCGCGGGAAUAAUGAUGGGCCUUUGUCCGGGACAAAGGGGGCAAGAGUCAAGAGACAAAUUGAAGCCAUGAGUCCAUUCAUUGUGGGCAUGUUCGGCAACGACAAGGUCCAGGCGCAGAACGAGCUCAAGUACCCAGACACAGGCUUGUCUUUUAGACCAUUGGCACCAAGGUUACCUUUCCAGAAGGCAGUCUGCUCAGCUCUGACAUGCUGCUACUUGCUGCCUGACCAAGUGGCUUUGCCAUGUUGUGGCCUACUGGGAAUGCAGUUCAGAUUACAUUUGGAUUGCUGUCGAUGCUUUGGCAUGGAGAUUGUUGGUUUGGAGAGCAUGAGAGCUGUGUCUUAAUCAUCUGCUCAUAUACAGUACUUGUACUGUAUCAUAUCUUGUCGCGCACUUUUUAAAAGCUGUUAAAAAAAAGUUUUGUGUCUUGCAAUCUUUAUUUAUUGUAUUUACUCAAGUACUAUUCCCCCUGACUUAUUAUCAAGGGAAUUGGCUGAUAAUGUUUUUUAUAGGAGUGGAAUUAUGACCCAAAAAGUUGCAAUUGCUCAAGAUUUGUUCCCGCAAUUUGUGUUGGUAGAAGUUUGAAUUAUUUUUUCAAGUAGUAAUUUUUAAGAAAAAUAUUUUUUGAUGGAAUAAAAUUACAUAAAUCCACAGGAAACUUGUUGACAAACCGCAAAACCGUUCAUAUUUUUUCUGUCACUCAUAUUCAUGACUUUCAAUGGUUUUAUGCAUUUUUUAUGCCGGAAAAUGUGCACUGUACUUUCAUGCGCCAUUUGCAGUACAGUGGCCCCCUGCCUAACAGACCUCCCGUGUAAGGGAUUUUUGCCUAACAGACCAGCUCUGCAAGCAGUUUUUCCUCCUGCCCAACAGACAAAAUCCACCAAACAGACU